AUGCCGUCGUUUUCUGAAGUAAUUGAUCUCUUUUGGGGCUUAGUAGGCCCCUGGGUAUUCCUCUCGCAAUCAUUCUCAUAUCUUCCUGGCACCAUCUUUCGUCUGAUCCGUGCUGGUGACUUCCGCAGACUGCGCUCCUGGUCGCGCAUCCAAGAUGCCUGGUUCAGCGCCUUCUGGGGCUGGGCUGGGCCCAACAUCCGCGAUGGUAACGGUGAUCGUAUCGCUGCGCUCCUCGAAGGCCGCGUCACAGAGGCCGAUGUGGUUGACGAGCCCGUCCACCCGCCGGUUAGCGGAGUCGUGUUGGAAGUCGGACCUGGCUCUGGAAUGUGGGUGAACCUCUUCUCCAAGGUCGACAAGCCCGCCGCCUCGGGCGCAAAGGGAGUGAGACGCAAGGUCGUCGACGGCGUGACCCGAAUCUACGGGGUGGAACCCAACACCGAGGUGCACCCCGCUCUGAGAAAGCAUAUAGCGGAGGCCGGACUGGAGGGGACAUAUGAGAUCGUUCCUGUCGGCAUCGAAUCGCUGUCUGACUCGACGACGUGGGAAGGCAAGAUUGAGAGGGGUAGCGUUGAUUGCAUCUUCUCCAUUCUCUGCUUAUGUAGCAUCCCUGAGCCGGAGAAGAACAUAGCUGAGCUAUACUCCUACCUGAAGAAGGGCGGCAGAUGGUAUUUGUACGAGCACGUUGAAGUGUCGCAAAAGUGGCCACUCCUUCAACUCUAUCAACGCUUCGUGAACCUUGUGUGGCCCCGCGCCCUGAAUGGCUGUCAGCUCUGCCGGAAUACUGGCAAGACCAUCAAAUCAGUAGGACCAUGGGAAAAAAUUGAUCUUGCACGGCCACCGGUGGAGCCAUGGUACCAACUCGUGCCUCACAUAUUUGGAACACUCACAAAGUAG